CAGGCUGAGGAAGACCACCAAGUGGCCCACCCGCAGGACCCCCAGCACCCCGCCGAGAAGCCCAUCAUUCACUGCCACAAAUGCGGGGAGCCGUGCAAGGGGGAGGUGCUCCGGGUGCAGACCAAGCACUUCCACAUCAAAUGCUUCACCUGCAAAGUGUGCGGCUGUGACCUGGCCCAGGGGGGCUUCUUCAUCAAGAACGGGGAGUACCUCUGCACCCUGGACUACCAGAGGAUGUACGGGACCCGCUGCCACGGCUGCGGCGAGUUCGUGGAAGGGGAGGUGGUGACGGCCCUGGGCAAGACCUAUCACCCCAACUGCUUUGCCUGCACCAUCUGCAAGCGCCCCUUCCCCCCUGGGGACCGGGUCACGUUCAACGGGAGAGACUGUCUCUGCCAGCUCUGCGCGCAACCCAUGUCUUCUGGACCCAAAGAAGCCGCCUGCCCUGGCAACUGUGCGGGCUGCGGCCGAGACAUCAAGAACGGACAGGCCCUGCUGGCGCUGGACAGGCAGUGGCACUUGGGCUGCUUUAAAUGCAGGUCGUGCGGGAAGGUGCUCUCCGGGGAGUACAUCAGCAAGGACGGCGCCCCAUACUGCGAGAAGGACUACCAGGUGCUCUUUGGGGUGAAGUGCGAAGCCUGCCACCAGUUCAUCACCGGGAAGGUCCUGGAGGCGGGUGACAAGCAUUACCAUCCUAGCUGUGCACGAUGCAGCAGAUGCAACCAGAUGUUCACGGAAGGAGAGGAAAUGUAUCUUCAAGGUUCCACCGUUUGGCAUCCCGACUGUAAGCAGUCCACAAAGACGGAGGAGAAGCUGCGGCCCACCAGGACUUCCUCCGAAAGCAUUUACUCCAGGCCGGGCUCCAGCAUCCCGGGCUCUCCCGGACACACCAUCUACGCCAGAGUGGACAACGAAAUCCUGGACUAUAAGGACUUAGCAGCCAUCCCCAAGGUCAAGGCGAUUUAUGACAUUGAACGUCCGGAUCUCAUUACCUAUGAGCCCUUCUACACUUCGGGCUAUGAGGACAGGCAGGAGCGGCAGAGCCAGGGAGAGUCUCCCAGGACCCUGUCACCUACGCCAUCGGCAGAAGGGUACCAGGACAUCCGGGAUCGGAUGAUCCAUCGGUCUACGAGCCAGGGCUCCAUCAACUCCCCCGUGUACAGCCGCCACAGUUACACUCCGACCACCUCUCGCUCACCCCAGCAUUUUCACAGACCUGGCAAUGAGCCAUCCAGCGGCCGGAACUCCCCUCUCUUUUACCGGCCAGACAGCCGCCCUCUCACUCCAACUUACGCUCAGGCCCCUAAACAUUUCCAUGUUCCAGAUGAAGGGGUCAACAUCUACCGGAAGCCGCCCAUCUACAAGCAGCAUGCUGCCUUGGCAGCCCAGAGCAAGUCUUCAGAAGACAUCAUCAAGUUUUCCAAGUUCCCAGCAGCGCAGGCUCCAGACCCCAGCGAGAUACCAAAGAUUGAGACGGAUCACUGGCCCGGCCCUCCGUCUCUGGCUGCCGUAGGAGCUGAUAUGAGACGCAGAUCUAGUGGCAGAGAGGAAGACGAGGAGGAACUUCUGAGACGCCGGCAGCUUCAAGAGGAGCAGCUAAUGAAGCUCAACUCAGGCCUGGGGCAGUUGAUCCUGAAAGAAGAGAUGGAGAAGGAGAGCCGGGAAAGGGCGUCUCUCUCAGCCAGUCGCUACGAUUCUCCCAUCAACUCAGCUUCACAUGUUCUGACAUCGAAGACCUCAUCUCUCCCAGGCUAUGGAAGAAACGGGCUUCACCGGCCCGUUUCCACGGACUUCGCCCAGUACAACAGCUUCAGGGACGUCAGUGGGGGAGUCCGAGACUACCAGACCCUCCCGGACGGCCACAUGCCUGCGAUGAGAAUGGACCGAGGCGUGUCCAUGCCCAACAUGUUGGAACCAAAGAUAUUUCCCUAUGAAAUGCUCAUGGUGACCAACCGAGGGCGCAACAAAAUCCUCAGAGAGGUGGACAGAACCAGGCUGGAGCGCCACUUAGCCCCUGAAGUCUUCCGGGAGAUCUUCGGAAUGUCCAUCCAGGAAUUUGACAGGUUACCUCUUUGGAGACGCAACGACAUGAAGAAAAGAGCCAAACUCUUCUAAGUCCCGCGCCGCUGGCCAUCGGAGAAAGAGCCCCGCGCCGGCAGAGGCCUGGAGGCUUCGGUGUGACGGGCCCCACCCAGCUCGACAUUUGCAAGUUGCUGUCUUGCAGUAACCGAAAGCAAAAACCAAAACCCAAAAAAAAUUAAAAGUGGGGGUAGGGUGGGGUGGGGUGGGGAGGGAAUCGGAUUCAUACACCCAGAGGCCACGCUCAGGCCAAAUCAUGGGCAGCACUUGCCAAGAAGCAAUGGGGAAGACCUUCCUGCGUCCCCCGUACUGGACAGUAGUGCUCACACUGACCUUUUUCUAUCCCCUUGAGCCCACCGAGGAGUUUCUGCUUUUGUUUUCCUUUCCCUCUUGUCCAGCCACAGGGCGGCCCGUGGGGGUGAAAGCCAGCAAGUGCCCUUAGGAGCUGCCUAGUGAAAAAACGCUGGAGCUGGUCCAGGGAGGAAGUUCUGCUGGGGGGCGUGGGGGUCUCCAGGGCAGGCGCUGAGGGUCCCGUGCAGGCGGCAGCAGCCUUUUGCACUCGCCUCUCCCUCCUGGCUUCCGCAUGGCCAGGACUCAGGGAACCAAGUGGGCAGUGCUGUCCAGGGGGCCGGCCAGCAAUCAGAGUCAUUUUUUUCACAAGCCCCUUGUUCUCUCCUGUGUGCUCAGCCCUGGUUGGCAAAUUCCUUGACCUCUUUUUUUUUUUCUUGGCUUUUUUUUCUUCUUUGCUGUUUUUUUCUAAAGUGUUUGAAAGAGAAGGAAAAGGAAUGAAAGGAAAAGCUCCCUGGACUCUUUUUUCGACUUCAAGUGGUCUGCUUUGUUCUUCCCCCCCUCCCAGGAUCAGGGGCCCGUCUCAGAUCUCCACUUUGCCAAGGAAGGAAAGGGAAAACUGGCUUCCGGUUGGCCCACUUGCAUGCUGAUCGGUGGGGCCAUAGCACUCACAGCACACACCACACACACACACACACACACACACAAAUAAGGGGCUCUGUCACUUCCCAGCACGCAUCCCUGCUUGCCGGCACUCUGGGAUCAGAUCAAACCCGUGCCACUUCGGCUUUUCUUUUUCAAGGUCUUUUCAAUAAUAUGCUACGAUGAGGCAUGUUUUUCUCUCUUAAAUUUCCGUACCACUAAGGUAGCUUGCCUCCAACUGAUUUAUCUUGACCUUAAUGGCUUGCAUACUUGCCUGUGUUCAGAGCCUCUGUGUGUGUGUGUGUGUGUGUGUGUGUGUGUGUGUGUGCUCACUAGAUAGCUGUGUGCCUUGGCUUCUUCCUGCCACUGCAGUGUUGGCCCUGCCGUGCUGCCAGGGACUUGUGCACAGGUGCAUGGGGCUCAGAGGUCAAGGGUCAAGCUAGAGAAUACCCCCCAGGAGCACCUCCUUUCUGGAAGGGUAUUGCUCCCCAGCAUCCCCCACACUCCUGGAUUUUUUUUUCCUUUGGUUCAAGUCAGCAAUGACCACUUAGCAGGAUGUUCCCUCCCUCCAGCCCCCCAAUUUCGGUGAGGGUGUAAGACUCCCAGUGCUGACUCACAAAUGCUGCUUCCUCUGUGGUGGGUCGGUGGGGACCCAACCACUGGAGGUGAAUUCCUGGUGUUGUCGUGCUUUGGGACUCUGAAUUGCGGUCCCAGCUGGGUUUUAAAACCAAAGGAAGAAACAAGUGCAUUCCGUGACAUUGGCCGAAGAUCUGAAUGAGUUUGUAGCAGGGCCACCGUGGUGCAGAGGAGCACAGCCCGAGGGGUCCCCGCAGGCCCCUACCCACAUCACGCCUGCCGGUGACCCAGCAGUGGCCGAGACCUGCUGCCAGGGGCUGUGUGGCUUUGGCGUCUCUGCCGUGCUCUUCAUGGAGGAAUCAGAACUCGCUUGGCCUUGGCGCCAUGUACUGAGGACAGUUCUCUCAAGUCCCCGUGUGCCGGACCUGUUCAUGGUGUUCCGUAGAUGGUUCUGGAAAGGUGACCCCGAGGAGACCAGCUCCAUGGUCUGAAGCCACUAUGCAGCUCCCGCCUGUGUCCUUCACACACGCGUCACCCCCCAACCACCCCACCCACCCACCCCCAUCACCCACUGGCCCACAGCAACUUCCACAUGGCCCCACUGUGCCCUGGGCCUUGAUCUGCUUUGACUGGGGAGUGGGGGGUGGGGGGGGCAUGGUGGAAUCCCCAUAUUGCCUGCCACAGUCUGUCCCAAAGAUGAUGACCCAUGGGGUCCGAGCCCUUGGCUGGCAGAGAAAGGAAAGGCUUUAUCAGUUAUGAUAAUUGUCAGUAUGAAAAAAAAAUCAUCAUGAACGUUAGCCAAAUCCCCACUCUUGGCCAACGAAAUGACUUUGCUCAUACCCUUUGAACUCAGUUCUGCAUCCAGCCAGGGCGGUGGGGGAGUUGGGGGGGGUGGUGCAGGGAGAGGAGGCGUGGAGAGCUUCGUUCAUAGCAAGUGUAAGAGCACGUCUCAACUCCAGCAGGCAGAGCAGCGAGGCUGGUGGCCAGAACGGUGAGUAGAGAAAGACAAACCUUGCCUUUCUCUGCUAACAUGGGCAUCCCACCUGCCCGCCAGCAGAUGAGCAGUGCGCUGUGCCGAGGGACAGGACAUGGAACCCACUGGGCAAGUGCCACCCCCCCCCCCCCGACUCCACUGCCAGGCAGCAGUUCCCACUUCAAGAAGGGGCCAGGGCCCUCUGCCUCUAACUGUGACAUCUGACGCAGGCACUGCAGUGCCCUACCCAGUUAGUUACAUUGUGUCCCCCAGAGUGUCUUAGGCCUGUAACCCUGGGGAUAUGCUCCUCGCUAGGAUCCCACAUGGAGAAUGCCCCGUGCCUCAGCACUGGGGACGGGGACAUGUGUUGGCCAAGCUUCCCUGGGGGGAGCAGCAAAGGGCUAUGCUUGCAAGCACUGAGCUUCCUCCACACCCCCACACCCCCAACGCCUGGAUGGCACCACGCAGAGGGGCCCUUCAUGACAACAGGACAACCAGUGCUUUCUUGGAAGCUCGCUCCAGAGAAGCCGGGGCACUCUCUAGUCUUCCCGGGAGCUUCCAGAGGAGGCACGCAGAGCAUCUACUGCCAACGAUGCUUCGACACGUUGGUUUGAGUCAGGAAGAGUUGAGAUGUGACUCCUUCAACCACUAAAGAUGAACUGCCUCUUCUCUGAAACCUCCAAAAGAAAUGCUAGACAGAGAGAGACAGAGAGACAGAGAGAGAGUGAUAAGGUGCAUAAAAGGUCUUUUAUUCUGUUGGAUCCUAUCGUCUUGUCGCUCCUCUCCCCUGUUGUUUCCAAGUCUCCCUCCCUCUUCUUCCGGGGUGGGCAGGAGUCGCAUUUCCUCUUCCGGGGCAGCGCCAGAGCCACGUGCCUCUCAGCAGUCCUCUUCUGUCAACCCGGCUUGUCCUCCCGGAGAAGCCCCGCUGGACACGUUGAUAGACCUUUCGCCGAAUCCCUUCACACUUUGAAGCAAUCCCCUUUUUCUAAACACAUUGCUUCUCAGAUGAUUGUAGAGUUAACUCGCUUUUGCAAGUUUUCAAUUUUACACCCCUUUGGAUAAGCUGUCUUUCUAAAAUAUACAUAUAUAUAUAUUUAAAGUGAACUUGGGGUGAGUGUUCCUGCAUGUUGAGGGGGCGGGGACUCCUCCGGUGGUGGGCUCAGGGGGGCCCUCUGUGUGACUGACAUGAGGGGUGAUGGAAGGAAGGUGACCUUCGCGUCACCCACCUUCCUGCGUCCUCGCAGACAAGUUUUGUCUUUCUCUACUCACCUUUUUCCUGGUCGCCAUUUAACCUGAAUGUCCAAGACCAGCCUUGAUUUUAGUUCACUUUUCAAAUUGUUUCCUUUUGCCAAACUGAGUGUUGGGUAGUCUUCCCUGAAACUCACUCCCUUAGUGUUCCCUUUGGUGAAUGUUCUCUUUAGACCAAAACAAAACAAAACAAAAGAUUAUUUCAGGCUUGAGAUUUGCAAUGACUCCAUCUAACAGUGAUGUACCUUACUGACGGGAACCACCAAGCCCCGGUGCAGUGAACAAAAGAGAAACAUGUUCUUGGAAUGUUAUUUUAUUUUUUGAAUCACUGUCUUUACAUUUGCCGCCCAGGAAGCAAAGGGGUAGCGUGGUGACUGACAUGCUUUUUUGCCUAUGGAUUUUUGUGCUUUUAUGUGGACACGUGUAACGUAUGGCAAACUUUAGAGGAAAAAAAAAAAGAAGGGGUGGGGGGAGCUAUCAGUUUAAGCUGAAACUUUCUGAACAAAUAUAUGUGUGCACAGCCAAGUGGAACCAAUUCAGCAUUUUCUGAAGCUUGUGUAAUUGAGUGGCGAUUGUUAACCUUAAUAAAAAUUCUUCCCCAAAGUGUG